AUGGCUGAUACUACACUUCGUUCACGUCAGAAAGUAGCAAGUAAAACUAGUGAUAAAACUUCAGAUCAAGAAGAAGAAAAGAUGUUGAUAAAAAAUCGAAAACAAGUUGCUGAAAAUUAUGAAUUUGGUGAUGCACAAAAAAUUCCAUCAAAAAUUCAAAAUAUCAUGGAAAAAAAUUUUUCACGUAUAUUUAUUUGGGAAUUAUUUUUCGGAUAUAUCUUUUGGACAAUUUUUUUUGGUAUCGGUCCCAUGGUUAUGUUUUUUCCUAUGGUGAAAUUAGCUAUUCAUGGUUAUGAAAUAUUAAUACUUAGUUUAGCAAGUCCAAUUAUACUUUGGCCUUCAUUCGUGAAUAAUAUUGCACAAAGCACUAUUGGAAAAUUGAUAACUCGCAUUAUUGUAAUUCUUAGUUUAUUAUCAUUUCAAUUAGAAGAUCCUCUACUUCGAUUAUUAAUACUUUCAUGUGGUACUUGUGCUGUUAUGAUUGAUCUUUGUACAAGUCUUAAUUCACGAUAUUAUUCAUAUAGAUCAAUUGUUGUUUGGACAUUGACAAUUAGUUUUGUUUUCUUUCUCAGCUUCCGUAUUUGGUUUUUUAGUAUUAUGCCAGCAUGGUCGAGUGUUAUUGCAAAUUUAAUACAUUUUAUUGUUGGAAUUGGAGCAAUUUUUGAUCAAUUUUGUAGAGGAACUAAUCCAUUACGUUCAACAUCACGUGAGAAUAUUUUACAGCCAAAUUGGUUAUUAGUUGGUAUUGGAUUUGGUUGUUUAUUAUUUAAUCUUCAAUGGGUAUUUGGUGAUCUAUCCGUUGUUAGUCGAUGGGCUUCGAAUGGUUUUCCAAAUCAAGCACUCGAUCCAAUUCCUUAUGGCCUUCUCAUAUGGAUUGGUUUAUUUUGUGGUAUUGUAACAAUCAAUCGUCUUAGUAUAGUAACGAAUCGAUGGUGGGCAUCUGUAGGUUUUCUUGGUUAUGGUUUGUUAUAUUUCAGUCGUGGAAAUAUUUCAUUUAUGGGUGGUCUUGCUCUAAGUGUAUUUAUUGGAUCAAUACUUCCAUUAUUACUUGAUAAAGUCGCUCGUGGUCUUGCACCACGUAUUGUUGUCAUUGCUACUUUUGUAUAUAUUAUACAAGUUAUUUACGCUGUUUGGGCAAGUGCUUAUAAUUUUGUUCCAUUUGGUGGAACAUUAACACGAGAAACAUCUCAUAUAUUAGUAUUCUUUAAUUUUCUUGGCAUUUAUUUUGGAGUUUAUACUGCUAAACAUAAUUUAGGAACAUAUAUACGUGGUCAUAUCUCAUCAAUAAGUUUACCAAAUCGUCAAAUUUGGUCAGCAUUUGGUAUUGCCUUCUUAAUUGCAUGUGUUGGUACAUUCUCACGUUUUCUUUCUCUACCAUCAACAUCAUUACGAAAAGCAGAAGAUCCAACUUAUCUUACUACUGCUAUUUGGACAGUUCAUUUUGGUUAUGAUAAUAAUGCUCGUCCAAGUCUUGAUCGUGUUGCAUCUGUACUUGCUGAUACGAAUGCAGAUGUUAUUGGUCUUCUUGAAACAGAUACAGCAAAACCAUUUUUUGGAAAUAAUGAUUUAACUUCGUAUCUAGGAGAAAAAUUACAUAUGUUUACGGAUUUUGGUCCAUCAACAAAAGAUCAUACUUGGGGAUGUAUUAUUCUUUCAAAAUAUCCAAUUGUUCGAUCAGUACAUUAUCUAUUACCAUCACCGGAAGGUGAACUUGCUCCGGCUAUUCUUGCAACUAUUCAAACGGCAAGCAAAUUAAUUGAUAUAAUUAUUGUUCAUAUGGGUAAUGAUCGAGAUGAUUUAGAUAGAAAAUUACAAGCUGAAACAUUACGAGAUAUUAUGAAAAAUAGUACUUAUCCAUUGGUUUUUCUUGGCUAUGUAACAUCGCAACCAUUUAGUCGUGAUUAUCGGACGUUAACUUCAGUUGCAAAAGAUAUUGAUUCAACAGAUACAGAUCGAUGGUGUGAAUAUAUUUUAUACAAAAAUUUAAUUCGUAUUGGUUAUGCUCGAAUAACUCAUGCAGGUUUGACUGAUACGGAAAUUCAAGUGGCUAAAUUUAAAAUUCCAAAAAGUGAAAAAUUUGAUGAUCAUCCAGUUUUAGUUACUGAUCCAUCGGUUGUUACUGAUCAAGAAGUUCUUUUUAAUUCAAAAUUUGGAUCAUUCUACAAAGGACAUGGUCAUUUUAAUACUCAUGGUUUUCAUAUGGAUACACCAAAAUAUUUUCUUGCACGUGAACGUCAAAACGAUUAA